CUACGAUGACCAGCGGACAGAGGAACAAGUCUGUUGUACAUCCUGAGCAGCGGUACGGCUACAUGCCGUGCCCGUUAUAUGAUACCGGUAAGUGCACCUUACGCUCAAUCCCUUUGGUUUUUACUAUUUUAUCCUGUUUUCUUUCUCUUUCUUUCUUAUCUUCUCAUAUAUGUCCACUAUUAGAAUAAUCUUUGUGAUUUAUAUCAGUUAAUAUUAUUACAUGCACAGAGUAUUGGAAUUUUAUUUAGAAAAAUCCCGAGAUAUUUUCCUUUGAUUGUAGAAAUAAUCAAAUUAUACAUAUGUAACUUUAAAGAAUUUGAUUAAAUACAAUUUUUCUUUAACUUUAUGGUUAUUAUAUUUUACAUUUCUUCUUCCUUCUUUUUUUCCCUUUAGAGCUUUUAGGAGAUGCUUGAGUCUUUAUAAUUUAGUUUAGUAUAAUUUAGUGUAUGUAAUAACUUGUUUAAUUACAUGGUGUAAUCAAUAACGAUUAGCAUUAAACUAGAGAAGCAGGUGCUCGUGAUCGAUCUUCGAUGUGAGUCCUGUGAGACUCGAUUAAUCUAAUCACAAUUUAUGCAAUAUACAUAGAAGACAAAAUAAUUAUCAGUUGACAAAUGACGGAUUGCUAAUUGAAAUUGAAGCUCUAAAAUAUUAUUAUGUCGUUGUUAAUUAUAUCACAUGUGCGCGCAUGUUACGCUUCGCGUUUUCCUGCAUUAAAGUUUUAAUUCCUUCAAAAUAACUAACUGUUUCGGAACUAUUUCCGCUAAAAUAACGUGCUAUUUGCACAUUGUGUCACAUCAUCGCAGUUGCAGACAACGUAAAAUUCAAAAUGGGGAUGUGCUGCGAUGUGAAUGUCCACGACAUAAAGUUCGGAGAAUAGGUAUAAUUGUCUUAGCAAAUAACGGUCCGCGAUUCCCGGAGUUUUUUGCGCGCGAAUAAAUUAUCGCACCUUGCUAGAUGUGACGUGUUUGUUCUGAAUACAUGAGAAUUUUGCAAUCGGAUCUCGGCUCUUUUUGUUAGCACAUACGGUACAUCGAGAAACUCUAAUCAGAUAUAACAAGUACUAUCUGAUAAACAUUCGCAGAGUUAUAUGUAACAGUUACUGCUAGCCCUUACGGUAAUUAAUAUUAUCUUAAUCGUCACUAAUAUUACUCUUCUAUAUCAUCGGUAUCGACUAAUAUUAUCCUAAAAAAUGCACCGUUCCAUCUAUACGUUCCAUCUAUACGUUCCUAAAUCUGUAAUUAUAUUAGAGAUUUGUAAUAAAUCUGUACGCCGAUUAUACAUUCGCACUUGUGUAGUUUGUCUAAAUAGUAUUUAACUGAGAGAUUCUCAGUAGGAUAUCAAAUAGAUGGGCGGAUAGUUGCCUGGACAGUAAUUUAGAGAAGAGAUAAUGGCUGCCAAGGGAUAUGCCUGUGGAACUUAUCGCGGCUUGCAUAAUAUUCACAUUUUGUUUGCAAAUUUUGUUCGCAAACAAAAGCAACAGGGACUUUCAUAUAAUUUCCAUGAUAUUAAUCAUAUACAAUUAAAUAUUUAAAUUAUUCGCAUCAAAACAUUUAGAUUAUACAACGUACUGAGCAGCUCUUCCUAAAACACAUGCUCUAAUUAUAAGAUAACGGUUAACAAUACUUCUAUUGCGAACCGUAUUUCAGCCUGUGCUUAAUAUGUCUAGUGAGCAAUUUCGAGGUUCAUGCAUUUAAUCUCAUGAUGCAUUAAGAUUGAGAUCUGUAGCAUGUAACGCCGGAAAUUCACUGAAAUACAUUCUCCAAUGCAUAAGCUUUCAAUGCACUUCCCAAAACUUGACAUUUAUGUAUUUAUGUAACGUUAUCGUCACAAUCUGGCCAUUUCCGAUCACUUUCUGACUCCAGCGGCACAUCAAGAUAUAUUACAUUUACCUAACUAUGCAAAAGUUUUAUUAAUAUAAAAAUAUUUAGACAAAAUUUUGCGAUAUACUACCUCUUUAUCAGAAUAAAGAAAAGGAGCUUUAAUACUGUAAAAAGUCAGUAAUUUUUAAGUUUAUGUAAUAAUAAAGCGUUCAAGCAAAUAAAGAAAUUAUUUUGGCUCAAUUUAACAAUGAGUAAAUUAGUGCUUUUGUAUUAGACACGACGAAAAUAGAAUAUAGUUAAACCGUGACAUAUUGCGUACUAGUCGUAGCAAAUUUGUCCGAAAGUCGCAACAUAUAGAGCUUAAAUACGCACUCGCAUUAGCGUAUACGAUAUUUUUCGGCCUAAUGCUUUCGUAUCGAUCAGCGCAAAAUGGUAAGUCGACGAUCGAAUGUAAAUUGUGUGCCACGAUAUGAAAUAUCAUCAUGACUGUUUUAACUGCUGGAUUGAAUAGACUGACCAUGACAUGGUGACUUAAUUUCGACCAGCAUCAAUUAUCGUCUAAUAGUAAUUUUCCUAUUGUCCGUUUUACUAAAGUGUACGUGAGUAUAUAUGUGUGUAUAUACAAUGUGUUCUACAAAAUAAUCUAAAUAAGAUAAUUUCAUUAAACAAUAGUGUAAUUAAAAGAAAAAUUCUUUUGCUGAAGUACGAAUAACAUAUCUAUCUAAUUGUAAUAUUAUAAAAUGUCCAUUUUAUAUAAAGCUAACUUAAAGAUUUUAAAUGUCCUUACUUGAUAUUUAUCGAGAUUGAAAACUCUACUGGCUAAAGAGUAAUCGCUUUCUCUCUCCUGACCUUGCUAUUUGAAGCAUUAACAAUCGAUGUUGUAUCGAAAAUACCGAUAGCUUUCGCGCAUACAUGAAAUAUGGUGCAUGCUUCCGUGAUACUACAAGAUUCGAUGAAAUUGAAUUUCAUAAAAAAAAACCAAGUUGAUUCAGCAAUUAUUUAUGACUGCAGCGGAAUUGGACAGAGUGCCAAAUACGUCACAGGUGGUUUCACCAAUGAGCCAAUGUGGACGUGAAAUAUGACGAAGGUUUGCAAGGUCGACGGGAGUAUUUAAUUUGGAGUGAAUUAAUUAACAGAUGCGGUGCAUUUGAAUCUCGUUGCCAAAUAUCUCAUUUUUUGAGAAUUGCGACACGCGAGAAUUAGCAGACAGAAGUCUCUCUCGUCUUUGCUGUUUGAAAUUCGAUGUUAAAGAGAGGUGCUGGUUUACCGAAACUUUAUAUUAGGAUGUUAUCUCACACGCGAAUAAUAAUCGCUCUAUCCACGUGACAUACCUUCUAAAGACGCAAUCAGGUAAUGGAUUUUAAACAUUUUCGAAAUUGGUGAACGAUACGAAGAAGCGGAACGCUCUCUUUAGCCCAGAGUAAUGUGUCUGCUGUAUUCCCUGUGAAAUGUAAAUUAUAUGCCGUCAGAUGUAGUAAGUCACAACGAGGAUGCCAGACAUGUUCAUGCAAAGUUGCAGGAUGCACGCAAACUGCAGCCUAAUCGAUGUUGUACUCGUGAUUCCGAAUACGUCGUAAUUCGGGAGUAAAUGCACACACAGCAGUUUUUCGAAUCUACCUUAUUGAAUCUAUCUAGUUUAUGAAAUCGUGAAAGUAAAAAAUAGAGUGGGUCGUAAUGACCAUAUUUAUGUAACAUUCUUCACGUUACAUCACUUAUGUCUACUACUGCGGAGCUUCUAUGGAGCUUCUUCAUUUGCGAUUUGAAUGUGCUUACACCCGAGAAUCACCUUUUGCAUCAAGAUUUUACAGAAAAGAAUUGAAAUUGAGUACAAGUUAAAACUGUGUAUGAUAGAAGGUUUCCAUGCUGUCGAAGCUAAUGCAUAGUAUAAAUUUGAAUAGCGUGUAUGGAGAAAACGUCGAAGCGCUUCGAGGGUCACCGAGGCAAAUUUCAAAUGAAUCGUUCGCGCGAGAAGUUUCGACAAGUCGAUCGAUUUUUCAUUUCAUGACACUUCCAGAUCGAGGCGUCGUCUGAUCGGUCUGCGCCAACACGGGCCGUCUAUCAUGCCCCGAACACCUUGAGGUAUUCAUAGUCCUGUCGUAUUGCCGUCGCGGCUAUUAAUACUUGUGACGACUUUAGUUUUCAAGCAUAUGCCAAGAAUAAAUGCACACUUGUGUCGCGGCAUGUAAAUAACGACGAGUUUUGUCUGCCCGUGAGUGUACGAUCGCGGGAGCAAAAAGUCCUAAAAAAUUAACCGUCCACGUUAAUCGCUGUGAUCGACUUAAAUCGGAAAAUAUUUAUUAUAAUUAAUUCGAUGUAGCUACUUGAUUGUUUCGUGUAAAAGUAUUGUACGAUUCUCGACAAUCUUGUAUCCGAUUGUGUGAUUUAGGAGCGGAGCAAGAGCAAUUCAAAGAAAUUAGUAAAGCAAUAAAGAGGCGGCGAUCGAGACACCUCUAAUUGAAAGAGAUAAAUUAGAGUGCUCCUAGCCGCACAUGUUCGGGAACACAGGUUGUUUUAUUGAUGCGGCAGACGUGCCAACUUGGCGACUGGAGUAUAAAUCCUUCGAAGUGCAACAAUCGCGGUAGUCGGACAGUCGGAAAGGCGUUUUCCGCUUUCUUUCCUCUGCCGUGCAUGCCGUUUCGUGGUAACUAUUGACCCGUAAAAGGCGAAUUUCCCGAGGAAAAAAGCCGUCCGUCUAUCUCAUUCGCCAAUCGCGAACGUAUGGUUUUUUGGCAAGCAGAAUAUCGAAACGAUGUCAGAAAAGUACCGAUUCCGCGGUGAGAGAUAGAUGACUUUGUAAAGAGAAAUAUUAAAUAAAAAUAAAUAUUCAAUUAUUCAAUUAUUUAUUGCACGCGUCUCAAGCGAUGGCACGAUCACAUUUUUCUGUUCUCUGUCUAGUAGAAAAAGCAUAAGAUACAAUGGUCUCAAUUAGCGUAAUAUGCCGCAUAUCCGUGCUCGGUUUUGUCACUACUUUUGUUAAUUAAUUUUUGCGGAAGUACACGACGACCUCCUCUGCAUUUCACGAGCUCCACUGGGAACGCUACUUUCGUUUAUCUGCAGUACGACACGCAGGAAAGUUCGCAUUUUCUGUUUGCGACGGUCGCUUCUUUUCACGGUGUUUUUUGGCAGCGUUGUGGCAAGCGUUGCGACGUUUCCUAGUUGAUCAGUGUCAGUAAAUCACUCGUGCGAAGAAUGUCACGUUUCUGUAAUUAGUGUCAUUUGUUUCACAAGCACAAAGAUAUUUGGGACAGAGACGUUUGCACCCCGAAAAGUCAACAAAAUGAGUGGCGUAACCGUAUGUCGAAUCGACUGUUAUUGCACAAUUUUGUGAAUUGAUUGACGUUUAAAUAGAAAUUAUCGCUUUUAUUCUUGUCUAAAUGGUGUAAUCUCAGGUGAAAUUUUCUUUACACAAAAUCGUUCUUGGUAGAAGAAUGUACAUUUGUUAAAGGCUUCUAAGUAUUUACUCAAUAGCUAUGAAAAGAAAAUGCGAGAGGUAUCUACGAAGGGUAGUUUGAGUAUUUACGAGCUCGACGUUAUCCGCCAGCCAGAGAUUUUACGAGCACGAUACAAACGUUUGCCCAACGUGGAUGAUCCUGAAAUCGCGCUCUCUCGUCCUUCGGAGUCUAAUUUAGUGAAGAUUCACGCUUUUAUCCUACUCGCCACACACUUAACUUUUUAUAGUUCAUAUUAUGAUCCUUUCCAAAGACUCUUACUCUUGACAUUCUGUUAUUCAUUAUUGCGAAAAUAGUCGCAUAAAGAUGCGGUAAAUCGUAUUAAUAAAACUGUUAUCGCAACAUAAACUAUAGCUCCCCACCGUUUCUCGCUGGCAUUACAGAGCUUCAAUUUUGAGCCAACAUUGCCGCAAUAUCAGCGAGCGGAUGUGACUCCGACAUCUCUCCAUGUUGCUCGCACGAUUCAUUUCGACAAGCGAGCAAAAAUUAAUUUCCUAUAAUAUUUAACUAGCGAACAAGCGAGAGCGCGUUCCAAAGUUCCUAUCUCUCUGUGUCAGAGUGCCUAUCUAAAACAGGCACUAUCGUCAUUAACGGAAACGCGACGAUUCGCAGGGGUUAUCGUUUCUCCGAUAAGAAAGAUAUCAUCAAAACUACGCACAUUGCAACGGCAAUUGCUUCACGAGUCGCGAAUCGGAUAGGCGUCACGUGGCUCGGCAGUCGGUGUCUCGUCUCGUGUCUCUGGUCGCGGCGCGUCGUCGCGGGGGACCGUAGUUUCGACGGCCCUGAGAAGCGUCGCGACGCCUCGUGCAUGCCUCAGUGCGAGGGUGCCGUUCGCCAAGAGUGCGCCGCGCGUUUCCACGUUCCUCGUUCCGUCUCUUGCUUUUCUUCUUUUUUUCUCUCUGUCCCUCCAGCGCGCUUUGCCGCUUCGAAGGCAAAAAAGAAAAGAGGAGGGAGAGAGAACGCGGGGGUUUCCCUUUCAUCGAGGGGUCAAGACCGUGAGUGCGUCCCCAGGACCGUACUCGCGCUUGGCCGACGUAUCGUCGCGAGGCAUCGCGUGGCGUCGCGUGCCCUGGAUCAAGCACGAGCAGAAGAUAAUAACCUUCGUGGAGGGACCUUGACGUAUCGCGGCAAACACAUCGCGUUACACACUUUUUGGACGACACACACUGUGCGCCUCAGUCCAAAGAUAAAUCUCGAUCUCGGCACUUGCUUUAUUGCCGGGAACAGUUGAAUUCUCUCCGCGUUACGUGACUCGAUAGUAGAGCAAGAUCGUAGGAUUUUCUAGAAGCCAGAAGGAAUUUCCCGGUUCAUUGCCGUGCUAUUGUACCAUUCGCGUAAUUUCUUUUGCAUGUAAUUACUAAAUAAGUAUAACGUUUAGCAAUCGAUUCUUUCGUAUAUGUCUCAACAAAAUUCCAAUUCACCAGUAAAGUUAUAUAAUUGAAAUUUAUUAGUCUUCCAUAUAUGUAUGUGCUCUUGAUACGUUAAGAAUGAAUAAUUUGUACGCACAAUCUACGUCGUUACAAUAUAUCAAGUCAGACUUGAGCGACAUUGAUAUUCAACACCGAAUAUAAUCUUUUGCGGUUAAUAUAUUAUUAAAGUUAGAUAGCUAUAAAAUCAUUGCAGCAAAAUUGAUCAAGAAAACCCUUUCUGAUUUGAAUAUCUUGAUUUUUUGUAAAUAUAUGCAUCAAUUUUAUGCAGUACUUUGCGAAGAUACAAACAGGAAUGAACACAGUCUUGCCCCAAGUCCAAUAACUAAUAAAAACUCAUGGUCAGGUACCUUGUAUCAACUAUAGAAUCGAAUAAAAUAGUAAAAGACCUCGUUAACUAAUUUGCGUCGUUAUAACUAGUAAUUGUAAACGCGUUUGAGAAAACUCUCAGGUUUUAGUUUUACUUUCGACAGAACGUUUGCACACUAAAUAGUCAACAACAAAUAGUUACGAACAAUUUUAUUUGUCAAACAAUAAUCUUGUAAGAAUUUUCUUGGCAAUGUAGCUUAAUUCAUUCGAAAAAUACUCAAGACACUGAGUGAGUCGAUACAAGUUGUACUCCCUUUAAGUCUUAUCAUUAGCGAAUGAAACGCCGAGCAUUGGACUGGAUCGAAGGCGAUCUCUCGUUUUCACGCGCUUAUGCGCUGUGCUAGCAGUCACAAAGCAGUUUGCUUUAAAUCAAUCGAGAGACUCGCUAUUAAAGCUCGUGCCGUUCCUACAACGAGACAGUCCUCCCACGAGGAGGCAAACGUCGACGCGCGCGUUCUUGGUGUCGCUCUUGUAUUCAAUGUCACGCAUAUAUGCAUUAAUUGUUUGCGGUCAAUUUACAUUUCUUAAACUUUCGCAAAUCUAAUCUUUUGGCAGACUGAACACAUUAUCUUCAGAAUAUUUAUUAAUAAUUCCAAAUCUAAACGAGUUUCAACAGUGUAGAGUGUACGAGAGAUAUCGUUAAAUACAAAGCAAUCUAAAAUAAUAAUAUUAAAUGCGGACCAAUAAUUUUUAUAAACAUUGAAAUAGAUAUCUGAAAUAAUACGACGGAAAUGAUGGCUGCGAUGGAUUGAUAACGCGACUUUUAUGCAUCAUUUAGAAUAUACUAAACUGGAAAAACGUAAAAAUACAUGUCUCGCCCGCUGAAAUUAUCAUUAAAGUUUCGUUCGACGACCUCGGUCUACCUGAUACACUUUGCAUUAUAAUACCACCUAUGCAUCGACAAAGUGUCGUAUUAAAUUGAAAGUUCGCGACGGACAAUCUGAUACUUGCCACGUGCGUUGGAUCACGUUCAGCGCGUUUCGAUUGUCUUGGUUCUUAUGGAUUUUCGGCGGGGUGAUUUAUCGUUCGCGUGUAGCGUUCUCUAUCUCAAUGUACUUUAACGACGUUUAUUGUGCGUAAAUUUGACUCAUUCUCGGUAUUGUGGAAACAAGUGUCGAUUAUCCUUCCAGUAUUUCGGUCGAGAUCGCGCGCUAGGAGAUCGUUAUCGUUAUUCUUGUUCGACCUAAAUCAGCCACGCGAGUGCUUUAGAACCGCAAGACGGCAAGAAGACGGUAAAAGUUAAGCGCGCCGAACAUUCCCGCGGGUUCGCUGCUGAGAUUCACUGUCAGUGCCAUCGUACGAGCGGCUUAAACUCCGAUCCCAAAUGUCGUCUGACGUUGCACCAUGUCGGUUUCUCCCAGAGUCGAGCGCGACGUCGUACCCCCAAAUCGACGUUCGUGAUGUGCCGAGAUCGUUAGCCUUGUAGUACAUCCCGCCAUGAGUUAGGCGGUUGUCGACAUGUCCAAGACUCUCGUGCGAGAGAAAGAAGGAAAAGAAUAAGGAAAAGAAAGCGACCGGAGGCGCGGAGAAACCGCGAAGGUCCGACACGUGAUUAUCCGUGCGGAGAUUUAGGGAAGAUCUCUAGAGAAACGCUAAACACAACCCCGUAGUGCCCUCCUUUGUGAUCGUCGCGCACCACCACCAGUUUUCGAGCACCCCCGUCGAAUCAAUCGAACCGUACCAAUCGGUCGAAUAGGAAUAAAAAGCUAGAAAAGAAAAAGAGAAAAGAACACACACGUACACAUCACGCUGAGAGAUACGCUGACAACGAGCCAUGAAUCUUAUGUUCCGCAAGAAUUUCGGGGGCGACAAGGGAUCCGGUGGUGGCGGACUGGGAGGAGGUGGAGGAGGCCUAGGAGAAGUCCGGCCUGUCCUGAGUUCAGCUGUUUACGGGACCAGUGGGGCCUCGUUUGGACAGUUAGGAACGCGUUUUGGCGUUUCUCGCGGCGGUGUCGGCGGCGUCGGCGGCGUCGGUGGCGUCGGCCAGUCGGUGGUCGGCGGCACGCGUGGACCCGUGCGACGUAGCCGAGAAUACGGAUAUUUCCCAUCGAUGGGCGAUCACGAGCACCAAGGACACGGCUAUCGUACUCACUUAUUCCUGUCGCCGCCUGCAGGUGGGACGCUCGGCUCGCCGCCGGAGGAUCCGGGCGAGCGGCUGGGCCCACCGCCCCGUCGUAACUCGGGACCCCAUGUUAUCAAAUGGGGUGGCGGCGGAUUCGUCGGUUCCGCGCAAAAUACGCAGACCGCGAAUCAGGCUAGAAGAAAGCAGAACCAGAUCGGCCAGCAGAAGGAAACUUCCGAUCCACCAACUCCAACUGCGUCCAGACAGGUAUCCUUCAGCGGCAACCGUGCUUCCGGCACUUACACACCUCUCGUGGUUUCCGGAAGUAGUCCACCGCGAGGUGAACCGAUCUCCUUGGCCACUUUGGAUCGCGACUGCUUUAUCAUACCACUUGCUUCUCUCGAGCGUUUUUUACCAGCAGGUGUACCACAUGCUCCAGUCGCCGACAAGAAAAGACCGGGAAGUCCGCUGUCGGUUCUCGAGGUCGAAGACCCGAAGCAAUGCGUUCUCGCACAUUUCAUGACGCCGUUGGAGUCUCUGGACCCGGUAGUCGAGUCUCCAGUGUCUCGUCCGCUGGUGCUGCAACGCGAUACCGUCGCGGAACUAGUCGCCGAAAUAGCACCCUCCGCGUCGCAAAGCAUUUUACUCACGAACAUGGAGAAGAAUUCGGAUUUCCCAUUCAUCACGUAUUAUCUAAUAAACAAGCAAAAUACGGACCCCGUGGAUUUUUACAACGAAGUGCAAUGUGCGGCCCUACGUAAGUUCGAUCCCCGUGAUCUCAGAUACGCAGCCAGUCACACGUUGGAUCUGUUCAACGAAGUGGCGACCAUCGCGAGACCACCGCUCGAACCACCCGGUGGAAGACCACCCAUUCCGUCCACCGGCUACAUAGUGUCGAUUUUCAAAGUUUUCGAGGGCGAUGACGGUCUCAAGUUCGAACAAAACUGGCUCUAUUGGACAGGCGCGCGUAUGAUGUAUCGAUAUUUGCCGAAAUCAGUGGGCCUCAGGCGCAUCACUCUGCACAAGUCAAUGUCGCAAGGCGACAAAAUGUAUUUGCUGAUCUGCGAAUGCUCGCAGCUACAAGACAAUCUAUCCGCUGCAGCGAUACUUUUGCCGGCGCUUCGUGCACGCCUGUGCGGUUACACCGGGCUUUACAGACCCUCCGUAUGUUUCUGAUUCCUCACCCAGCUCUUAGAAUCUGUGAGGAGGAUCAUUUCAAGUCGCGUUAUGUGCAUCUCCACGGGAAAAUCUGGACAAAACGGGACGUAAUGAAAGUCAUAACAGGUGCCAAGAAAGAAAACAGGACAUUGAUCGUCAUAUAAAUACCGUCAACGAACGAGACACUGUGAUUUCCUAUCCUACUAUUAUCUACUAUAAGGAACGCAACUUCGUAUACGCUUUAGAUGAAUCUCGUCGAUCAUCGACGAAAUGACCUGCAUGCUCGACUAGAAACGCCACUGGACCUGUUUGUAUUUUUCGACUUUACUAUUUCGUUCAUUAUGCGAAUGAACGUUGUUCCGAUAGGGUCGCCAAACGAAACGAAAGUAAAAUGCAUGAGUAGCAAUGCAUGAGUAGCAAUAAAAUAAGAUAGAAUAAAUCGACUACUGAAAGAAGUGUAAUAUACGUAACGUAUAACGAGAGUGUCUGCGAAAUGAUUUAUCAAAUACAGAUGGAAAUGCAAAAAUUCUUGACUUUUAAAGUCCUGAGAAAUGGGAACAUUCCAUGCACCGACAUGGAGCAAAUACAUGAGACAUACAUACCGCCGAUCAGGGACGUUUGGUCACCCUAUGGGCGUUGCGAUACACAACCAUAACGAUACACACGUAGUAUACUUUUAUUACUAUCGAUACUAUCAAAAAAUCGCUAACUACAUAUCAUACUCGAUAAACUGUGAUAUUUGUGCGAGCGGCGUAUAUAUAUCACAAUGGGGUAUUCCUUUCGAAACUUUGAAAAUGCUACUUACUCUUGAAAAUGCUACUCUUGAAAUCAAUUUAGGUAACUUAGGCACGUGCUAAUUGAAAAUCGACUAUGCGGUAACUUUAAAUCUUUUAUCGAUUAUCUUCAUAUUUGAUAUUAUAUAUCGGUAUACUGCUCGUGAAUUAUUGCUCGCGGAAUUUUGAUCGGCGGAUGCGAAUGUGGGUAAAUUACAAAUUAAUAAUUUCAACGAAAUGUAUUUUAUGUUCAGCACUAUUUCUUUGCCUUAUGAAUUGUACAAAACAUUGUAUCACUUUUAAAGAAGUGAAUAACAUGAUGUAAUAAUAUAUAAUAGGAUGUUUCAAUCGUCUAUCGAAUUAUAAAAAUUUCUCAACUAUAAUUUAUAUAAUUUAUAAUGAAUUUAUAAUGAAAAGGUCUUGUUACAUUUACGAUAUUCAAAUUCGCAAGCAUUUUACCCACUUUCAACCUAAACAUUCUCUCCAUGCAUACAUGGAAGAAGGACAAGAAUAGAGAGCGAAGGCAUGUGCGGGAAAAGCUUAUGCAUAUCCCAUCCUUAGGUGCCUAUAGCCAUUUUAGAGAGUGAAGAAGAGUAGCGUGAGUUGGCAUUGUAGUACAAAAAAGGAUUGUAUAGCCAAUAUACGCUUGUUGCAUACAGACAAUAGCUAGGACGAUUACGCAGGCGUAAUCGUCACACCCGGUAGAUUUGUAAUAAAAAGAGCUCGAACCCGUUCAACGGCGUGCUCAUCAUACGCCGAAUUCGUACUCGCUGAACAUAAAGUGGAACAAGAUGCUCUUAAAUAUAAGAAGAUAAAGUCGGAAUGUAAAGAAAAUUCGCGAUUUUACUGUGAUUAUACGCACGUAUCAGUUCGAUACAAACAUGCAUCCGUAUGCGCGAUUCAGGAGGUUGAUAAGAGCGCAAUUGUAAAAUGAGAUGCACUUUGCCCAUAAUGUCCAGUCUAUGAUACGUGCUAUCAUUAUAUAGAAAGAGGAACAUUUAUUACAAUUAAGCUACGCACCAAUAAAACGUUUGGCCAUUGCAUUCAUAUAUCUUUUCAUUGCCUAUUAUACUAUGCUGAAAUGCAUGUAAAAUUUACGCUUGAUAUUUCGCAUUGAACGAUCUCAAUGUGAUAUUAUUUUAAGCUAAGAUUGGACUUCACCUUCAUUCUUUUGAUAUCAAAUUAAAUAUUUACAACACACGUCUGAAAAGUCUUAAUUUCAUUUUAUGUAGCUAUGUAUCAAAACUAUUCUUUGUUCUCUCGUCGAUUUGACUGAUUACAUAUGUAAUUUAUUAUAAAAGUAAAAAACGAUGGAGAUAUAAUUACAGGUUAUUUAAAGAAAUUAAUGAAAAUGAUUUAUGGAAAGGAGCAUUGAAAGGAUUAAUAUACAAGAUCUGCUUUUGUUCUUCGAGAAACAACUGCAUCUCUCGUUUGCCUACAAAUAAAACCUUUUGCCUCUAUACAUGGAAGAAUACACCUCUUUUCAAAGUAACUAUGAGAUCGUACAAAGAAUCGUACUUUUCAAUUAAGUUUGACGAUAACUUACCUUAUAAGAAAAGUUUCUUUGAAAAAUACAUUUCAUGACAUAUAAAUGAUAUAAAUAAUGUAAGUACGAUGCUUUGUAUGAUACACUGAUAUACUUUGCAAAUACGAUAGAUUUACUAAAUCCUGUACAACGAAUUUGAUGAAUAAUAAUAAAUCACUUCUAACA